CUUUUACGCGCAAACGGACUGUAUAUAACCAACAUCAAAUACGGCAUGUUUGCCAUGUUUUGAGAACCGUCCUGUAAACACAAUGAAGAGAGAUAAGCAAUAGCAGGUGCUUCACGAUUGCAUUGACUUUCACACAAGUGUCACUGGUUGCGAAAAUGAACCACCCGUCGACGCUUAUCCUACCUUGGGGGUUGAAGAGCUGGCUAGUUGCCGUCAGUCGCGCGGUUCUACUGGAGGAGCCUCCAAAUGUCCUGGCGUUCAUAGCAUCUUACUGCGGCCAGCUUCUGCAAUUGAAGAAAGAACAUCCAAAUCUUGAUAUUCAAGAGCUCUCAUACAUCUUCAGAGAUUUAAGGGGAGGUCACACUAAUGACUACCAGGGAACCAUCUCCUUCACUGGUCUGGCGGAAUCUGUUUUGAGUGAAUGCUCUCACAAAAUAUCUGAGGAACGAGACAACGCAGCGUCAGGUCUGUCUCCAUCUGAUACAUCAUCAAGCCAUGUACACUGUGAGGAGCCUGGCCACCAGGCCAUGGAGGAUAAUGCAGUCAGCAGUUCAGUGGUCCAGUCUGCCGUGUACCAGAAAGAUCCGUCAGUCAGUGGCGUGGUCGACGUUGAGAACACUGUGCUGAUCCGCACUUCCAGGGCUCCAUCCGAGCAUGUGAUUAUAGUUCACUCCGAGGGUCUCCCUGAGGCGCUCAUCUUCCACAGCAAAGCCUUGCCUUCAUCCAACCGUUCCCACACAACAUGUGUCCUGUCCCCUAAUCCUAGUCCUGUCCCUGGUGAUGAGGAACCAGAGGGAGCUUCUAGUGGGGUCAUGUUUUAUCAGGUUCCCUUGUUUGAGGAGCUGCCUCACCCACCAUCCAUGGGGGAACUCCCCUCUGUUGCUGCUGUGGAGACUGUGACUGAUGAGGAUAUAUCCUCAAGCAGUGACACAUUUCCCUCGCAGGAGAAAAUGUCUGGCACUCAAUCUGUUCAGGUCUUUUUCUCAGCAGCCUCGGAGGUAGAAUCAUCUGGUCAGAUGAGAAAUUCAACAAGCAGCUUUGAGGAUCUGGCUGUGGACAAGAUAUCUGAUGUGAUUAUACCUCAGAAGGCCCCUUCCUAUAAAGCGCUGCCUCAGUCUGCAUCACCUAUAAAGCAAACUUCAGUUGUUUCCCCUGAAUGUUCAGGAAGUGAUAUUACUGCGAAAGCUCCAUCUGAAACAGAACUAGUUGAUGCAGCACAGAGAGUGUCCUCAGUCAGGAUACCCAGUAGAGAGGAGAGUGUGGGGAGAACAGCAGAGACACCAGAGAGAGACACAUCUCCCAGAGUAUCACCAAGAGCUUCUCCACAAACUUCUCUUGUAUCAGCUCAUGUUGGUGAAUUCAGUCUGCCUAGGAUUCCCUCUGCACCAUCAAUGGAGGAGCUACUGGUGUCUCCAUCUGCUUCUGUUGGUAGAAUUUUACCAGUAGUUUCAAGAAAAUCUUCAAGAAGUAGCUUGUCAGAAAGAGCUCCUUCUGAAACAGUAGUAGGGAGAACAGCAGAGACACCAGAAAGACACACAUCUCCCAGAGUAUCUCAACAAGCAUCUUCUGCAAUGACUGAUGAUCAGGUGACUAAUCCGGAGACAUCUGAAAGAUUACUGACAACCUCAACUCUGCAUUCAGAAGAUUUCAAGUUUGCAUGCAUUUCCUUUCACAACUUGGCCCAUGGAAUCACACAAACUGAGGAGAGACCAGCGUCACAUGGAACUACACAAACUGAACUUUCAGCAUUGCAUAGAACUACACAAACUGAGAAGAGACCAGCAACCCACAGAACUACACAAACUGAAGUUUCAGCAUUCCAUGGAACUACACAAACGGAUGAAAGACUAGCAUUGCAUGGAACUGCACAAACUGAUGAAAGACUAGCAUUGCAUGGAACUGCACAAACUGAUGAAAGACUAGCAUUGCACGGAACUGCACAAACUGAUGAAAGACUAGCAUUGCAUGGAACUACACAAACUGAAGAGGGACCAGCGUCCUCCCGAACGUUAUCCUCAGCCUCUCCUCUGCCUGACGGUGCUGCCAUGGAACAUCAGAAUCCAGCAGAAGAACUGGGAUUGGGACCUUCACCUGCUGAGGAUGUUACUGAAGUAGCAGAGUGGGUCAAACCAGACAACAUAGAGACCAGGAAAUCAUCCGACUUGGUCAGUCCUCAACAUGUGGAGAAUGCACCAAUAACAGAAUUGGUCAGUCCUCAACAUGUAGAGAAUGCAGCAAUAACAGAAUUGGUCGGUCCUCAACAUGUAGAGAAUGCACCAAUAACAGAAUUGGUCGGUCCUCAACAUGUAGAGAAUGCACCAAUAACAGAAUUGGUCAGUCCUCAACAUGUAGAGAAUGCACCAAUACCAGAAUUGGUCAGUCCUCAACAUGUAGAGAAUGCACCAAUAUCAAGAUUGGCUUGUCCACCACAUGAAGAGGCAGUAACAUUUGAAAAUCCUCAAGAGAGUGUUGAAACAGAAGAGAAUGUCGAAACAUCAAAUGUGGAGGUAACUUCCAAACCCCAGCCUGAAGACACUACCGAUGCUCCACCCUGUCCUGGACCAGAGACACCACAGAUGAUCCAGGAGGAAUCAGCCACCCAGACACCAGAGGAGGAGUCUGUCCAGGAGGAACUAAACACCAAGACACCAGAGGAGGAGUCUAUCCAGGAGGAACUAAACACCAAGACACCAGAGGAGUCUUUCCCAAGAGUCCCCACACCUCAGUUCCUCUUGCCAGGUCAUACUGCAGAGGGCCAUCAGCAGAACCAAACCAAACCUGCUAACCUGAUCAAGAUGGCUAUCGCUGAGAGGAACCACCUGAUCAAGAGACUUGCCAAGUCAGACCCACUGAAGAACAGAUUGGAUGGGUCUAUGUCUGCUACCGGAGUGAGAGAAGUGGCCUACGCUACCAAGUUGAUGAAGCAAAGGUCCCAGACAGCCCCACAGCCCAACAUCAAACGAAUGUUGAACCUAACAGACAAAAUCCCCAACUAUCUCCUUGUGGAACGUUCAUCCGGAACCUCGGACGUGGCUUCUUCCCAAGAGAGAAAGCCAGCAGAUCAAGAGAGUUGUGUGGUCUGCAGGGGACGCUGUACUGGUUUCCUGUCCUUCUCUGUGCCAAUUGACAGUUUCUGCGGAGCAGAGUGUGGCUGUCGACUGCAGAUCACAACCGACGAUGGAGACGUAGUCUAUUCCCCUGCGUUCAUACAGGCUAUCAACCCAUGCAGACCUUGUGCACAUGAGGUCGCGGAGAGUACAGAUACACGCCCGACAACUUCACAUGCCCACAUGGAAUGGUCUUUUAAAAUCAGCAUAAAAGGUAACAAAAUGUAA